AUGGAAGGCCAGAGCAAGACUAUCACUAUGCCUCUGAACAACCCUACCAUUAUUUCCAUGCACCGAUCAUCGCCUUCUUCUUCUUCUUUAGGGCCUCCUCUGAGUGCCAUAGACAGGUUCUUGUGGGGCCAACUCAGUCACUUGCAGUCUGCUCUGUGGCCUAAUAAUAUCUGUACCGAUGAAGAAGAGAUAGAAGCAAGCUUGAUGGAUGGGUUUAUAGCAAAUAACGAAGCAGCUCAAAUGAUCCCUACCGUGCUGAAGAAACAAGUGCAGGUGCUGGGGAAGAAAGCUUCAUCUGGUAACAAUACAAUGGUGGCGGGAAAGAGAAGCAACAAGAAAGGGUCUUCUUCUGCGUCGUUGAUCAAAGGACAAUGGACUGAUGAAGAAGAUAGGAAACUGGUGAAGCUGGUAAGAGAACAUGGAGUGAGGAAGUGGGCUCAGAUAGCUGAGAAUUUGGAGGGAAGAGCUGGGAAGCAAUGCAGGGAGAGAUGGCACAAUCAUCUACGUCCUGAUAUUAAGAAGGAUAGUUGGAGUGAAGAAGAAGAGAGAAUAUUAGUAGAAACACAUGCAAAGGUGGGAAAUAGGUGGGCAGAGAUAGCGAAGAGAAUUCCUGGAAGAACAGAGAAUGCUAUCAAGAACCAUUGGAAUGCCACCAAAAGGAGACAGAACUCCAAGAGAAACCAGAAAUCUGCACACAAAACCUCCAACAACAAUGGAAGAAAGCCUCCUCCUUCCAUUCUUCAAGACUACAUCAGAAGCAAGACUCUCUCCAAUAUCCCCCCCAUUGUUGAUGAUCAUCAUGUCGUCACACCUGAAAACCAGUUCCAUCUUGUGAUUUCUGAUGAUCAAGAUCCCUCUAAAGAACCUGUCAUGGUUGAACCAUUGGAUGAUGAGCUUCUCUUCAUGCAACAGUUCUUCUCGGAGAAUUAUCAGACUCAGAAGGUUCAGUCCACUUUGGAUUUUUAUCGAACAGAUGGUGGGCGUGAGUGUUAUCUUCCUGAACAGAGUCCUGCUGCUUUAAGUGGUGCUCCCAUGAAACAACACCAUCAUCAUUCUGAUCUGUUUCUGGCUCAGUUGCUGAAUGGGGUUGGUUAUGAUUCUUCGUUUUUCUGCUGUGAUUAUGGAGAAGAGCAAAACUUAAACACGGGUUUACAGGUAGGGGAUGAUCAGCAAGGUUGGUAUGAACCCAGGAGAGAGAUGGAUCUGAUGGAAUUGGUUUCCUCUCAGCUUUCAGCUAGCACCAGCAAUAGGAACUCCUAA